AUGGAGAUUCUGCAAGAAAGAGAGAAAACAGCCAGACUCAACGGAGAUAAGGAGCAAAGCACAGCUGUUCUUAAGGAGAUGGUGGACAUCACAAAGACUCCACAGGAGACCGUGGAGGUAAUCAGACAAAUGGUGAGAAAAAAAGGACAGAUAAAAGACGCUCUGACCAGUAUGAUACAGUAUGCAUACGACAAAUAUUUAUCUCUCUCUCCCAUAGAGAUUGUUCCCCAUUCCUACAAAGAAGUAGAAAUUAUCGACAUCACCCACGCGUACAUCAGCGAACAAAUAAGCAGUGAGGGCAGCGCAGGAAAGAAAAGAGUAAAAAAUAACUCGCACGAAAGCAGAAGUAAAAACGACGGAAGUUUUUUGGAUUUCCUUAUACAGCUGCUGAACAAUGUGAUAGAAGGAAGAAUCUACAUGGAGGCGCUCAGAAUAUUCGUGACUGAUGCGAUAAAACAGAUUUACAUGGCAGAAGGAGACGCAUCCACCGCCCUCUCCUAUAUAUACCCGGUGCACGUUGAGACAUUCUCUUCGGUUUCCAUGGACGAAAUAAUCAUGUACCAGCUAGAACAGCUAAGGGUCUCUAUUUUAGCCAAUGACUACGAGAAGGCGCUGACUGUCUCGCAGAGAAUGAGCAUGAAACAGCUGGAGGGCCAUGCAGAGCUCGUGGACUACCACCUGAACAGAAUGCUAUUCAUACACAUUCACAACGAAGAGUACCACAAGAUAGCAGAAAUCUUCAACAAGCUGCGAAUAAAAGAUGAAAAAAACAGCAAAACAGAGUCGAUAUACCCAACUCUGGCCAUCCUGUUCUGCAUUCUCGAUAUUCACAAUAAAGAGUCGCAGAGAACACUUGUGAAAAACAUAAACAGCAAACUGUGCUACAAUGAGUCAAGGGUGCUGGGAGAAUGUUUUACGAAUAAUCUCUUGAUCACUGAUACGGUUUAUGAUCUGAUAGAAAAUAUACAGGAGAAGUACAGUAUACAGAACAUCAUCGGGCACUACGCAUCCACAAUAAAAGAAAGAGUGGUGCAGUACAACAUAAUAGUUGUGAGCAAAUACUACAGCAGAAUAGAAAUGUCAAAAAUCGUAGAAAUUCUGAAAAUAGAAAAAGAUCUGUUCUCGGAGGUGAUAGUUGAAAUGAUAAGAAAGCAGAUGGUCUUCGGAAAGAUAGGGCAGAUUGAGGGAGUGAUUGAGUUUAAAAAAGAAAGCAGAAACAUUGAAGAGUGGAAUGAGAGCAUAAACUCUUUCCUGGAGGCUGUCAUAAAAAUAAACCACGGUAUGAGCAAUGUAUGA